CUCACCGUGAUGUAUAGGGCAUUCCACGAAACCACAUUAAUUAAUUGCUUUUUAAAUUUUUUCCCCAAUUUCAAAUGGGUUCUAAGAAAUUAAAACGACGUCGCAUAGUCGAAUCACAGCCCGCGCCUGGUUGGCUUAUACUGUACUACCUACAAUUCGAAACUCAAAAAGAAAUUGAAGUGAUUUCAAAUCGUCAGAUGCUUUCUUCUUCUUACAAGUUCUAAACCACACCAGAUUUCUGCCAUUGAUAUAUGCAAAUCUCGAGCUGUGAAAAUGAUUUAUGGGUUUUGAAGUAAUUCGCCGUCUAAUUGAGGUUUCCUCGUCUAAUCUUGUAACGUAUCGGCCUUACUAGGAUGGGAAAAUCUCCAGGAAAAUGGAUCAAGGGCCUGUUUGGCAAAAAGUCAUCCAAGUCUAAUUUAUCCGAGCAAAGAGAACUUUCAAGAUCUGCAAGCAAGAAAGAACCAAUACCCACUUUAAUAGUCGAUACACCACAAAUUUCGAAUGAAGUUCCUCUUCCAAUAAGCAUAAUUGACGAGGGAGAGUCUGCAAAAUUGCCAAACGAUGAGCUAGUUUCCUCUUCCGCUAAGCAAGAUGCUGACAUCAUUGACAUGUCAUCAGACCCUAGCCCACCAAAUGGUGCAGAGAAUAUUAGGCUCGAACAAGCUGCUACAGUUGUUCAAGCCUCAUUAAGGAGUUAUCAGGCUCGCACCUCGUUUGAAACUCUAAAGGGCAUCGUAAGGAUGCAAGCCAUUGUUCGUGGUCAUUUGGUUCGACGACAGGCUAUCGCUACAUUAUUCUGCGUGCAAAGUAUUGUCAAAUUUCAAGCAGUUACGCGAGGUCGCAUUGUUAGGCAGUCCGCUAUUGCAAGUGGACUGUGCAAAAGACAAAGUCUUGUCGAGAAGGACUCCAAGCAUACCGAUUAUAGCAAAACGGAGAAUAGCGCAGCUGAUAAUUUAUUGAAGAAUGCGUUUGUUUAUUCGCUACUUUCGUCAUCAUCAACUAGAAUGCCACUGCGCCUUCAGUACGGUCCUAGUGAACCAAACUCUGCAUGGGAGUGGCUGCUUAGGUGGUCAAUAUCGAAAGUGUGGGCCCCACCUUAUUCCGGGCAGAAAGAAACAGUUCAAACGGAGCAAAUUAGGCCAAAUGCCGAGAUAGAAAAACUUGAGCACAAAGAAAGAAAAUUAUCUCAUCAGUCAGCCAAAUCUGCUCUCGAAACCGGGAAUAACAAAGUUAGGCAUGGUGUAAAGAAAAUUCCGAAAAAAUCCAGUGAGGAAAUAUCCAAUCAGGCUGAAUUCGAUUUUCUUCCUUCAGACAAGGAUUGCCAGGUCAGCGUCGAGAACUAUAAAUCGAGCCGGAGAACUUCAUUACCAUACGAACAUGAAGAUUGUGAUGUAAUGCUUGAGAGUGGUACAAGGGUGCCGAGUUAUAUGGCAAGAACUGCUUCUUCCAAGGCUAAGGUGAGAGUGAAUGUUUCGCCGAGAUUCGGUCAAGAUGCAGUUGAUAAAAAAGGUUUGACCAGGCGUUUUUCUUUGCCAACUUCGGCUAAUGGAAAAUCGAGUCUUUCGCCGAGAGUUCGAGUGCUGGUUCAAGGUAAUGGCGGAGAAGGACUCGAUAUCGACAGAUCUUUAUCCUCUUCAAGAGGCAAUAUUGAUAAGGUGAUUCAAGUAGAUUGGAAGAGGUAGCUUUAUCGAAAGCGGACUUACCAUAGCAGGACGGUUGUCAUAAAACUCUAGUGGCCCUGGAAAAAUAUCAGGCCUUUGUGGGAAACUUGGAAGAGAUAAACGCACCUGGACGCAAUCAUGGUAUAAGUGGAGAAGAAUAUAAUGGGGUUCUCAAAGGUUAGAGAAUAUGUCGAUUCUUUCUGCAUAUCCCAAUUCCCCAAAUCGUAAUAUAUUUCGUUUUUCAUGUAAGGAAUCAACCCUUUUUAAUGCAUGGCGAUUGAACUCGUGUUACGUUCAUUUGCCAUUGUGAUUUAUUAUCUCUGGAAAAAAAAAAGGUGAUGGACCAAAAAGAUGGAUUAUAUACGAUAUGGUCAUUUGUUCUCAAAAUUUAUAAUAUUCCCUUUUCAUUAUUUAA